ACCUGAAACCAGCGGGUUUUGAAGGCUGCGUCACUGUGUUUGUCGCAUUUAAGUGUGUGCACCAGGUUUCUGUUUUGUCACUGUGUCGAUGAGUAUCGAUAUCAUUAGCUUACUUAAUUCUGCAUCAUGUGAUGAUCCAAAUUUAAUGGUGCCUGCAAGUCAGCAUCUUACUUUGGUCACUCAAUCAGGAGAGAAUUGUGAUAAAAUAUGUUCGGCCAUAGCAUCGUGUGUUUUCUCUAGCGAUGGUAGUUUAUCUGCUGAUGGACGUUUUUUGGGGCUUAUUUGCCUCAAGAAUAUGGUGUUUGAUUGCAAAAACCGGCAUAGUAUUGAUCUUAAUGUCAAAAAGAAUGUGGAGAUGUUAUUUUUUGAUUAUAUAUCUCGGGGUACGAAAGAUAGCUUUACCAAUCUAGUUGAAAAUAUUCCAAGGAUCAGUGGACUUGUCGCUGAGUUUACUGCAAGGUACGUAAAAAACGAGUGGCUCAAGAAUGAUUGGUCCGACUCUCUGUGGGGUAAUCUUUUGUGUUGGCACGCAUGGUCUUCAUUGCGGUCUGGACUAAAGGCAGCAGCAAGCUUCAGGUUGCCUACACGGCGCCGCGCUUUUAAUGCUACGGUCAUGAAGUUAUUACCAAGCGUUAUAAAUUGCUUUAAAAAUGCGACUACAAAUCUAGAGGUGAAUAUUGAUCCGUGUAUAAGACUUUCGAAGUUACUUUAUUCAUGUUUUAACUUGGUUGGUAAAAAUGACGUAGCUCUAGUCAAUAAAACAGACAUCUAUGGAGAUGCUUUCACGGUUGCUCUUCUGGCUUUGGAAUUAGCAUUUCAAAGUAUGCUGGACGCUGAAAAAUACCCCCUGAUGUUCGUGUUUCGUCGGCGUGUAUCAAAGUUAUUGUUUGCUUUGUUCUUAUCCUGUCCUCCGGAAACCAGAGAUUGCUUUAUUGAACAUAUAUUAGAUCAUAUUUUGAUCAUUGUUUCCUAUUCCGGUGAUGUAAAAUCGAAUUACAAGGAUGAAUGUGCAGUGAAGUGGCUUUUGGGAAUUACUUACAGCGUACUUUGUUGCAAGUCGCCGAAAUACGGAGGUCAGGUCUAUCUCACUGAACAUGGACAGCGUAAGCUAGCAUUAUGGAUGUCUCAGCCUUACCAGUUACCCAGUGGACAAAUCAGCAACAAAUGGACGUACUUCAUGAUGUCACUUUUUGAACAUUGGUUUGUACUUACUCCAAACGAGUUACAGUUUUUCACAAGUGAUCCAGAGGGUUGUUUAUCUUCGGGUGGCAUUUCCAGUAUCAGUGUAGGACACGACGCUAAAGCUAAUUCAGUCUGUGCUGAUUUAAAUUCUAUUUGGAACGUAGAUAAUCAAGCCAGUGAAUUGUGUGUAUGUAACAUUGAAACAAUAAUGGGUAUUUCUGAUAGUUCCCAACACAUGCUAACACCUCAGCCUUGUCGUCAAUUAACAGAACUCAUCUUUACAAUAUUCUGCCGAUUAUAUGAGGAGGCAGACCCAGUGUUAUAUGAGAUAGUUCAGUCAGUUAAUCCUGGAACAAAUAAACCAUAUAUCUUCGAAGCUAUUAUGAGAUUUGUACAACUAUGUUUACCAUAUUUUGGAACAAAAGCUAAUUGGAUCACUUUAGCGGAACAGCUUAUAGCUGAUGGCUUGGUAGUAGGAAAUUCCAUACAAGAUCGCACAGGGUCACAACCUGUGGAAAAUGAAAUUACUUCUGUUACGAUUCUAACUCGAACUCUAUCUCUUUUAUCGCGUUACAGUGUACAGUGUAUCGCACCAGGAGAUGUUGAGUUCUCAUCACUGAAACCCAACUGUAAUGAUGCUCUUUCACACAUCAAUCGAUUUUUGAAUCGUCCAUCUAAUUGGGAUCAGAAUGUUUUCCAAAAGCAAUUAAUGGUGUGCAUCAGACUAGCAGCUGCAUACAGUCUUACAUGGCUUCUGGAAGUAUCAGUAUUUCCUGAGGAUAUUUUGGUGUUACAUGCUGAAAAUUUACUAAAUGGUACUCUUUUUCUAAUCCAGGAUGUUAAAGAAUGUGAAACACAAAUCUAUAUGCUUACUUUAUUAGGAAAAUUAAUUCAUAAAAUUGAUUUAAUUGCUUAUCCUCAAUUCAUUACUCCUAUUCUAAACACUUUGAAUCAUUUAUGGAGUUUUAGUGGUCUAAGUGCUGCACUACGAGCUAGUAUUCUAAACACUGUCUGUCUUCUGGUUACUGAAUUUAAUGGAUUCAAUGAAUGUUCUUCACUUCUCCCUGAGUUCAAUACAUUAAUACACAGUUCUGUAAUUGAUUUAAUUCAAAUGUCAUUAUAUCAAGCAGAAGAAAAUCAAAUAAAUGGUUCAGAAGCUUUAUUUGAACCAGCUGUUCGUUUAUGGGCAAGUUUAGUUGAAGGUCUUAAUUCAGCAUGGUCACCAGAUUUAAUUAAUUUAAUGCCUAUAUUAGUUGGAGAUAGUGUACAUUUAAUGCAAGCUGGUGGAGACCUGUCGGUCAGUACUUCGUUGAAACAGCCAUUACUAGGUCGCGUAGAUUCGGGUGAACAGGCUGAUAUUAAGUCAACUUAAACUAUUCAUUUUAUGGCUUACAAUUUAUUUGGACAUCCAAUAUUCUCAACAAAAGUUUACAUCUUUACCAUCCAGUGCAAUUGGUUUAAUUUUUCUAGCUGCAAAAUAUUGCUUGAUUCGUGCUCCUGAAGAUGCACAUUCUGAUGUUACACCAAAAGCUACGGAACUUCGACUAGAACUUCUUUCGCGAUUAGUAUUAUAUCCUAAUAUGUGGUCUUGCUUUACUUAUACAUUACAGUUAGUUCGUAAAUUUUCUGAUAAUAACAACCCUCCUAAUUUACAUUCAUUGCUACAAGGAUAUCAUAAUUCAAUCGGUCAACAAUGUUGUUCUACUUUGGAUGAAUUAAGAAACUUGUUAAGUUCACCAAUUGGUCGGUGGUUAGGACGUGUGGAUUCUUUGUCUAGUUAUAUUGAUCGACGGUGUAUAGCCGUUGCUGCUAUCACUUGUUUUAGACAAGGUAUUCAGUCAUACACUAUUAAUGAUCACCAACUACUUGAUGUGAAAUAUUUGGAAGAUUUGGCUGUAAAUGAUAGUUGGCAUGCUCAAUGGCUUGAACCAGUCAUCAAUCUUAUUAUACAGGUUCUUUACGAUGAAGAUGAAGUGUUUAUAGAAGAUGAAAAUAUUCAGUUUUAUCAUUUUUAUCCAAUAGGAAUUUCUACAUUGAACAAUUUAAAACAUCGACUUAGAAAUGAACUCAAUUUAUGGCAAAAUCAAGUAGGCUGUUCUACAAUAGCUGAUGCUUUGAUUAAAUGUCAUGUUGAUCCAGCUCUCCGUGUUCAAUUAGAACGUCAACUAAAUCAAAGUGAAUAGUAUAAAUAAACAAUAAUUCUUGAAAAAAAUUUAUUCUGAAUGCUACAAUGUAUAAGUAUUUUAUUUUUAAUUAAAACCUAAUUUAUUCGUUUUGCUGUGCAAUCGAUUUCGGGUUCUCUUUUGGGGUUGUGGAAGUGCACUACUAACUAGUCCAUAUUUAUAAGUAUAAAAUUAUUCAACACUCCGUUUUUAUCAGUGGAUCAACUUAUCACGUUUAUGAUAUGAUGGAAAUCGUAUUUAAUGAACAGUCUCCCACUUUUUUUGAAUAUAGUGUUUAACGGUUGAUAUAUAAGAUGUAAUUGUUAAUUCAUCACACUUCUACUAAUCACUAUUUGUCUAAAUUUAUAAGUGACGGAUUCUCUGAUUUCACCACUCUGAAUUUGUUCCUCUUUGUAUAAUUGUUGAAAGCAUACAACCAAUAUUCUCUUGAUGUGGAAAUAGUGUUGAAUUUUAAAAGAAGAUUUUAGGAUGUAGAUCUCGACUUAUUUAUCACAAAAAGUGAUAGAUAUUAAACCUUUGUAUUAGCCGUAUUUUUUUUUUCAUUAUCUGAAACUAGAAUCUUUUUUUGUUAAUGGAGUUCUUUUUUGAUACCUGUAUCAGAUAGGGCAAUUAGUGCUCAGUGAGUGUAUCAUACAAUUGAAUCAGUGUAGUUUCUUAGGAAUGGUUAGUUUAGUUUUACUCAUAACGAAGAGCGGAGUCAGCUUAAGCGUAAGCUGACUAGAAGCCUACGCAAAGAUCGUGAACAGUGUUGGGUAGCGAAAGCAAGAGAGAUGGAAAAGGCAGCGGCAAUAGGUAACAGCAGGCAACUGUUCAGACUUGUUAUAGAAACCGGCAUUAGGAACCCAACUGUUAGAGUAACUAUCUCCGAAAAAGAUGGACAUAUUAUUCAUUCUCAAUCCAGGAGAUUAGAUCGAUGGGCAGAACACUUUAGGGAUCAGUUCAACUGGCCUUCAGCCACACUUCGGUUUCCCACGAUCUCCAGUCGACCUGAAUGGCAAGUUGAUGUAAGUCCUCCGACUCUUUACGAAGUUGAAAAAGCUAUAGGAAAUCUGAAGUGUGGGAGAGCAGCAGGCCCUGACAGGUUUACCCCUGAGAUUUUUAAGGAUGGCGGUCCAGUAUUAGCAGCGAGAUUGACUGAGGUCUUAGGUAGAAUCUGGGAACUGGACGUAAUCCCAUCUGACUGGUCUCAAUCACUGAUUGUACCAGUCUAU